UAUAAAACCACAGGGAAUCGUGGAACUACAAAGAUUACAAUCAUGGCUACAAAUGGCGUCUGAACAGUAGAAGAACAGGUUUAAUAGUUGAAACGAGUCAUUAUUUUUAAGUAGUUUGCAGAAUAGAGUGAUAGGAUCCCACGAACACACCAUAUUUAACAUUUUGCCUUCAUUGUUUGUAUCUUCGCCAUAAAUUUUAAACUUCAGUAAGGUAUAACCUCACGUUCUAACCCAGAAAAAAGCAAUAUGGCUGGUUUUGCCCUAAAAUUGAAGACCAAAUCAGGACAAAUGGUGAUUAAGGGAUUAGCAUCAAAAGAUACAAUAUUCGAGCUGAAACGUAAACUUUCAUGUCUUACAAAUAUAAAAGAAAAUGCCCUGUAUGUGCUGUCUGGUUAUCCUCCUAAACCUAUAGAUUUAUCAGUGAAUGAAGCUACACUAGAAUCAAGAGGAAUCAGUUCAGGCGAUACACUUAUUGUGGAAGAAAAGCAGCAAAAUAUUGUACUUUCUGUACAGCAGAAUGCUAGAUUAGAAGAACCAAGACAUCACAUAAUAGACAGUGAACUGGGGUGUCCAGGAGUACUUAUGAAGAUGGUUGUACCUGCCGAUAAUUCUUGCCUUUUCACAAGUAUUGGUUUUGUUCUAAGUGGCAAAGUUGAUGUGGAUAAUUCUCCGUUUAUGCGUCAGAUCAUUGCUGAAUCAGUCUCUAAUGAUCCUGAUAAUUAUUCUGAAGCAAUACUUGGGAAACCCAAUCCCGAAUAUUGCCAUUGGAUUUUGAAACCUGAUUCCUGGGGUGGCGCAAUAGAAUUAGCUGUGUUGUCAAACUUCUAUGGCCUGGAGAUUGCAGUUGUGGACACGCUGAAUGCUAUAAUCAACAGGUUUGGCGAGGAUCAACAUUAUGCACAGAGGGUGUUCCUUAUGUUUGAUGGCAUUCACUAUGACCCACUGUACCUUGAACCAUUUGAGGGAAAUAGCAUACAGACUAUGUUCCUGACAACUGAUGAGCUAGUAUUUCGCCAAGCUGAGGAGUUGGCCCGUGAAGCCAGGUCCAGCAAGCAAUACACAGAUUUGGAUCGCUUUACUCUGAAGUGCAUUCACUGUCAAGAACUGCUGAGUGGGCAGAUACAGGCACAGCAACACGCAAAGGCUACAGGGCAUAUGAAUUUUGGGGAGAUCCAAUAGUGAAGACAAGUGUCUUUUGUUACGUAGAAUGCUACCAUGCUUGCUUAGUCACAUAUAACAGAUGUACUUACACUUCUUUCAGUAUAGCCUAUAUCAAAGUUUUCAUGCAUUUGUUAACUCUAAAUUAGAGUAUUUUAUCCAAGCUCGUCUAAAUAAUAUUUAAGAAUUGGGUCCGUACCUCAAAUAAAACACAACGCUUCUAAACUGCAAAAACUGAUUUUUCAACGCUGUUUCAAGAAAUAAUCGCAGUUUAUUCCGAGAAUCAUAUGAAACCCAUGAAUAAAUUCUGUGGGAAAAGUGUAGAGUUUUUAAAUAUUAAAAUGAUUGUGCAUGCACUCACACAGUAAACAUUAUUUGGGGUAAGGAAGUUGAGAAUACUUGACUAUGAGAAAACCUAUGACAAUUUAAAUUGUGAGAUAUUAUGGCAGAUUUUAAAUGAGGUAAAUAUACAACCACAGUUAAUAAGAGCCUAUAUCAAAAUUUAAUUUUUUUUAUUAAUUAUUUAAAUGGACAACCUCAUAACCCAUAAUUACCAAUAAAAGGGUAAGGCAAAGAUGUGGACUAUCCCGAUAUAUAUUUAAUAUAUAUUCACAGAAUAGUUAAAGAAUGGAAACAGACUAUAAAUAAUGCAAUUCAUUUAAAAAAGAUUAAAUUACUUCAAACUAGGCUUGUGAUUUUCCAUAUUCUGUUGAUGGGAGUGGUUUGUCUGACAUUACAGAUGAAGUUUUGUCUGAAUUCUUUUGUAUUAGUAUUUUGAGGUAGCAUAUCAUUUCCAGCAUUUUCUUUAGUCAGGGCAACUUUUGUUUGAAACGUGUUUGGCCUGUAGAUCUUUCAAUUCUGCUCACGGUCCAGAUCGCUGCAGGCUCAACAUGACGGGAGCUGCGUCCACCUGAAAGGUUUAGUCAUUUGCAGUGUUGCUGAUGACGAACCCCAUUUUAUGGGCCUGAAUGUUGAAGCGUUUCAGCCCUGCAGCUUCAAAGGACUUAUUUUCCCAUCAUUGAAUUACAGAAUUUUAUAAAAUAAUUUUUUUAAGAUUUUAUAAUGUUAAAACCAUUAAAUGAAAUUCUGGGUAUAUGUAAGUCAUGCAAACAAGUGGUAUCUGAUCUUAAAGGCUAUGAAUCAAUUAAAUAGGCCACUACAUUUACCCACACCAGAACAGAAACAAAUCAUAAUUUAUUAUCAGUUUUUAAAGUGGCAUUUGCAAACUUUCUUGAAUUUAAACCAGAACUUUCCAACUCUUCAGUCAUAGUAAAUAUACCAAAAAAAAAACCAUGGUUAAUCUGUUUUAUUUUAUGUUCUGUUCACAGUAAAAAUGUGUUUUUUAUAAGGUAUGAAAGUGUCAUUUGGGAUCAGGAGUAUCGUAACUAGCUAGUCCGACUGAUGGUUUCUUUUACGUUCUUAUUUUCCGCACCUCAACUGUUAAUGCUGAAUUAUUAAGCAGCAUAAUAAACAAAAGUUUGGUGUAUUUAUGUUCAGAAUGUGGACUGAUAAUAUUAUUUAUUUCUGUGGUGUGUAGGUUGAACACACUUAUCAUUGCAUCAGGUGAUUAUACAUGGUAAACUCUGAUUUAAAUAUGGUUAGCAUUGUAGUUUUGGUGUUUAUAGAAGAAAAUAAUUACGGUUCUUGUAGAGAUUUUGUUUUCCUUGCAACAUUGAUUUUAAGAUGACAAAUUGAAUGGUUGAACUCGGUGCAAGUGUUUGUGAUAAAAAGUUUUCAUCUUGCGGCAAAACUCCUGUCACAGCAUGAGAGAAAUGACUCUGGUUUGCCUUUCAGAAAAGAUUGUUCCUGUUAAUGAUGAUUUUAGUAAGCCAGGUCGAGACAGUAUUAAUAAGGUUUUGUAUUCUUUAGGGGUCUUUCAUGUGUUUUACUACAACAUCCUGCUGUGUAAUAUACUGUAAUAAUAUUAAUAAUAGCAAUUAUUUGUCUACAAAGCUUUAUUGUAUACAUUGUCUUAUUAUUACCGCUACAUGUUUCAGUCAACUCCAACCACCUUUAGGUCAAACAUAAAGGCUUUUUAUUGAACUGUGUGACUUGUAAUCUUCUAUGUUUAAAACAUAUAAAUACAAAUAAUUAUUAUGCUCUGUUUUAUGUUUCUGAUUAAAAUUUAAAACUUUAAACCUUGAAAGUAAUUAUUGUGUUACUAUAUCUACAGUGUUUUUAACAUAUUCAAAAUUAAAAUGCAUUCAAACAA